AUGUUUAAUUUUUCUACAAACCUGACCUCGUGUAUCGUCCACAACCAACCUUUGGGUCUCACCGAUAGACUCAAAAAUAUCAAACUACCUGAGGACAGAGCUGUGGAGGUGUCUCCAGACUCUGAGGACUACUUAUCAGCACUAAAGACUGAGUGUGAUCUGAAGAUGCAGAUCCUGCGCCAGAGGUUUGAAGGAAAAGAUAUAGAUGCUAUCCAGAAGAGGAUGGAGGAGUCAAACUUCCUGGCCUACUUGGAGAGGGAAAAACUACUAAACCUACUAAACUACUAAACGACUAAACCCUCUGUGCUGCCAGAAGAUGACUUUGAGGUCCUGUACAGCAGUGCAGAGGAUGAUCCUGACAUCCUGACCCGAAAACACCUGAACGUCCUCGCCCAAGAGCAGCUGAAUGCUCAGUCCCAGAAAAUUGUGGACUCCCACUCCAAGAGGAGACAGCAGCAGCAGCAGAAGAAGAAGAUGGGCAAGUGA